AUAAUAAACUGCCCCGCCGUUUCUCCCAGCCAUCUAAAUCUGCUCAACCUGCUCAGUUGUCAAGUCUCUUGGCACAACAUGGUCUACGCAACCCUCAAUCUCCCCAAAUUCAGUCUUAAUCUACAUUCCCACCGGGCACAGCUGGCCUGCACUGCCCUGAUUUCCGGCGCGGUUGUAGCUUCCACGAUUUUUGCUUUCCAAAAAGUCAAGCAGAUCUCGAGAUUAAAGAGCCUUAAAGACUCCAUUCCUCCUCCAUCAGAGGCGAAUGUUGUAUGUGUACCCAUUCAGUCACCAAGUGGUGCAUUAUUGUCCGCGAAGCGAGCCGUUCCUAACAUUGUCCCCGAAAAAGCUCACAGAUUUCGGUGCAGCGGCCGCACGGUCCAGGCUUCAAGAUGAAUCCGAUGCGGUUCUGGUUGCGAAUGUUCAACGAGGAGAUUGGGACGAAGGUAUGCCGCUUAUAUAUACCCUACUCUCGGCUUCUGAUCAUACCAACCCCUUCCCCCCUUUUAGAUAUCAUCCUCGAGCAAUUGGCCCGCAACAGAGUGUUCCUUGGCGAAGAGGGCCUCAAGAAUGUUCGCAACUCCUUUGUGAUAAUAGUCGGAUGCGGCGGGGUUGGAUCGUGGGUUGCGACAAUGCUCCUUCGCUCAGGAGUGGGCAAUAUUCGAUUGGUUGACUUCGACCAAGUUACCCUAUCAUCCCUGAACCGACAUGCGGUAGCCACUCUUGCCGACGUAGGAACACCAAAGGUCCAAGCUUUGAGGAAACGAUUGGAGCAGGUGGCCCCUUGGGUGGAGAUUGAUGCACGAAACGAGUUAUGGGAUAUGGAGGGCGGAGCUGCUCUGUUGGCGGGAGAGCCAACAUUUGUUGUGGAUGCGAUUGACAAUAUGCAGACGAAGGUUGAUCUUCUAUUCUACUGCAAAACUCAUAACAUUCCAAUAAUCUCCAGUAUGGGUGCUGGGUGCAAGAGUGACCCCACAAGGGUAUGUGACCUCAAUCCCUUAAUACGUGCUCUUGUCUUUGCCCAUCACUCACACGCUGGCCUUAGGUUUGCAUUGGUGACAUCUCGGAAUCAACCGAAGACCCACUAUCCCGAAGCACUCGCCGGCGUCUCCGACAAAAAGGUGUCUCCGCUGGAAUCCCAGUAGUAUACUCUACAGAGAAACCAGGUCCGGGGAAAGCCUCUCUACUACCGCUAUCAGAGGGUGAAUUCGAAAAAGGAAAGGUUGACGAGUUAGGCGUGCUUCCAGACUUCCGGGUCAGAAUUCUCCCGGUGUUGGGCACAAUGCCGUCGAUAUUUGGUCUCUGCGUUGCGAACUACGUUUUGACCACCAUUGCGGGAUAUCCGACAGAGCAUUCCAAGGGAAAGGAUAGGUCAAAGCUAUAUGAAGAUAUGAUUGCUAAAUUAGCUGGUCAGGAAAGCCGGUUGAGAGGAAAUGCUCCUGGAAUUAGAAUCCCGCUGAAUGAGAGUGACGCUGGAUACAUUGCAGAUGAGGUAUUCAAAGGAAAGAGCGUUGUGUCUGGAUUCUUCACGAGGCUAGUCCUUACACGCUGGGAUCCAUUGCCUCCGAGGGACGAAGGCUUCUGGGGAGAAAAUGACCACACAAUAACCACCAACGAUGUGGUACUGAUGACGAAGGACGAAGCCAAGAAGCAUGAAAAGGAGGUUCUGAAAGCAGGCAGGUCACCGGAGGACGUUUGGGGCCCUGAUGUGGUUGGGGCGGUCGAGGUAAGGAGGAAGGAGGAAGAUUUUUACUCAAAAUUUAGAUAAAUUUCACUUUCUAGUCUAGUGUGAAAAAACAAAUGUUACCACUCGCCUAUUCGAAUAAAA